GAAUUGACCACCAACAAACGUGGUCCCAAAGCGCGUGGGUCGUUUAUUGAGAAGAAGUAUCUGGACGGUGUGAAGGCUGAGAAAGGCGAAGAGCUGGGACGCUUUAAACUCGGGUCAACGAUCAUCAUGGUGUUCGAGGCGCCAGAGAUUGACAUGGAAGGGAAAGUUCCCUUCCAUAUCGAUACGUACUUUAACACAUAUUCGUGGAGGAAUUCGGAGUUUGUAUAUCAGUUAGUGUUCUGA